AUGGAGAAUCGCAUGGCAUCACUAGCCGAAUUGGACCCGCAGAUAGCCGCGGCGCUGGAGGGUGAAGACCGCAGGCAACGGGAGUCGAUCGUACUCAUCGCCUCCGAGAACUAUGCCAGCAAGGCUGUAUUGGCAUCGGGGUCCAGUGUCAUAAGCAACAAGUAUGCCGAGGGAUAUCCCGGUCGGCGUUACUACGGUGGCUGCGAACACGCCGACGUGGUCGAGAGCCUGGCCAUCGAGAGGGCCAAGGAACUGUUCGGAGCCGAGCACGUAAACGUUCAGCCCCACAGCGGAGCGCAAGCCAACAUGGCGGUGUACUUUGCGUUGCUGGAGCCGGGCGACACUGUAAUGGGUAUGCAGUUGGACCACGGUGGGCAUCUCACCCACGGCGCGAAGGUCAAUUUCUCGGGAAAGCUCUACAAUUUCGUUUCCUACGGCGUGGACCGGGAAUCGGAGACUAUAGACUUCGACGGGGUUGAGCGACUGGCGCAGGAACACAAGCCGAAGAUCAUCGUGGCAGGGUAUAGCGCCUACCCCCGGGUGAUCGACUUCCCUCGUUUCCGGGCUAUCGCGGACAGCGUGGGCGCGUACCUGAUGGUUGAUAUGGCCCACAUUUCCGGAUUGAUAGCAGGGGGGGCGCAUCCUUCGCCCUUCCCCCAUGCGCAGAUCGUUACCUCCACGACUCAGAAGAGUCUGCGGGGACCCCGAGGCGGGUUCAUCAUGUGCACCGAGGAACUGGGCAAGGACAUUGAUUUCGCCGUGUUUCCGGUGAUGCAGGGUGGGCCGAUGAUGCACACCAUCGCCGGCAAGGCGGUCUGCUUUGGCCAUGCUUCGAAGCCGGAGUUCUCGCCCAGUAGCUGCGCCACCAGUGUGGUUGAGAACUGGCCAGUGCUGGCGACAGCUGUUCCGAUGCUGGGAUGCGGCUGGUUUCCGGGGGGACGGACAACGCAUCUCCUGCUGGUUGAUUAUGUGACGCCCCUCUGGCAUCACGGCAGGCAGGCCGAGCAGGCCCUUGAGGGCGUCGGCAUAGAUCAGCAACAAGACGCAUACCAUGUGAUUCCUCCCGUCCGCCCCGCGUGA